AAAGUGUUUACUCGUCUUUGUUUAUAGUGGAAGGCGUCAUUUUUUAUUCAAGAGUGUAUGUACUUGUCUGUAAAGUAAAAUGUCCGAAGACGUGUCUUAUGUGUCGGUUUGCCAUUUCACGAGUGACGCUUUAAACAUACUGAAUCGUCUGAAUACAAGGAGAUUAUUCCCCAGUACUGGACCGGGUAAACUGCCCAGGGAUUGGAGAGGCUUAGCCAAUCUAAUAGGAAUAACAGCCCAAGAUGCAGAAAGCAGACAUGAGAACAUGGUGAAGUGGAUUCUGGAGACGUGGGUCCAGAAUGCGAAGGAGUUGUCGGUGGUGCACCAGCUGCUACGGCACCUGGAGACCAUUGACAGAUACGACAUCAGGGAUGAUCUGCAGAACCUGGCCAAUGCUAACAGACUUGUUAAUACAGAACAAAAAUGGACCAUAGAGCGCCAAAUGGUGCUCCACUGUCCUGUCCAAGAGAAUGACCAGCUGUUGACUAUGGACGACGUGGACCAGGGCGCCCCGGUGGAGUACGACGCGCUGGUGCUGUACGCUGCUGAUGACCAAGAGUUUGUGGAUGUUAUGAUUCAUAAAAUGUCGGAGAUUGGAUUCAAAUUAUUCACAAAGCACAGCCUGAGACCAGGCGCGAUCCCCUACGGGCCCAUGACGGAACUGAUCAGCUCGCGAUGUCGCCACACCAUCCUUGUCUACUCGCCCGCCUUCUUCAAGAGCUUGGACGAUCGCUUCUACACGGAGUAUGUCCACGCCAGGAACAUAGAGAAGAAGCACACCCUUAUCCCGUGCAUGUACCGCGAGUGCACGCUACCGCCGCAGUUCCGGUACAUAUUCGCGCUGUACGUCAACUCCACGGCGUACAACUUCUGGGAUCGCCUCGCCAGUUCGGUCGACGCCGGUCGGACGCCUAGGCUACUCCCCACAAACUCAGUGCGAAUCCAGGAGGUGACCAGCGGCAGCCAACUCAGGCUCAACGGCAGCCAGCUGAAGAUCACCAACGGUCCCGUCCCCAACGGUCAGAUACCCAACGGAGUCCCCACCAUCCAGGUCAACGGUCAGCCUAGCCAGUAUGUAACUCAACCUAGCAGCCAUACUCAAGCUUGUAUCCCUUCAGAAGGGUGUGUGUCUCAACAUACUACUACUACUAUAGCCUUACCAGAUGUACCGUCAACUAGCCUAUCUGUUUCUGUGACAUCUCUAGCUUCGCUGGACUCGCGGAGAACGGAAAGUGCCUCUCUCAACGAUUUAAGCACAAAGAAAAAGAAGAAAAGUUUUUUAAAGAAGUUGUUAAAGUUUCCUAAAAAGAAGAAAGAAGUGUUGCUCACUACGAAUUGAGUGAUAAGAGUGUGUGUUAGGUAAACACGUUGUCGGCAUCUAUGUCAUGUCGCUGUUUUGGCUAUUGGGAAUUAUAUAACGACUUUCAGACUGAACAACAAAAGGUUAUCAAUUUGUACUAUUUUUAUACAAGUGCCUUUAACUUUAAACACUAUAUAUAAGAGAAAGCAGUUACGUCCACUGAAAAAGGCGAUUGCAGUGCAUCAAAAAGUGCUAACGUUAAUUUAAGUGAAAAGACACCUGUACGGUUACCAUCAGUUUGUCACUGACAU